AUGGCUCCUGUGCUUGUGUCCUUCGCUGUCGUGCUUCUUGUUUUUCUUGCCCUUCGCCUCAGACGUAAGAAGGGCACACCGUUCCCCGGUCCCCCGCCUGCUCCCGUCCUUGGCAAUCUGUUGCAACUGCCGACGACGAAGGUCUGGGAGAGGCUCAAUGAGUGGGGCUUGACGUAUGGCGCUAUCUACCAGAUCCACCUCUUCUCCACUCCCCUCCUCGUCCUCAACACCGCCGAGGCCGGCCGCGAGCUCCUCGAUGCCAAGUCCGUGCUCUACUCUAACAGGCCCUUGCCCAAGAUCAUCGAGAUGACUGGCUUCGAUAAGGGCGUCGUCCUCGAGCACGACCCUCUCCGUCUGCGUCAGGCCAGGAAGCUUUUGCACUCGGUGCUCCAACCGAGACAGCUUUCGUACUAUCGUGCGGUGUUGGAGCACCACGUCAACGUCCUGCUGCACAACUGUCUGCACGAGCCGGACGGCUUCGUCGAGCACAUCCGGCAGCUGACCGCGGGCAUCGCGAUGGAGAUCUCGCACGGCCACCGCGUCACGUCUCGGGACGACCCGUUCGUCAGAAAAGCAAACGUCUUCGCGGACAACUUCGCGGAAGCCAGCUUGCCGAACAACCACAUCGUCGAUUGGCUGCCGUUCCUGGCCAACUUCCCAGGGUGGCUACCUGGGAUGGGCUUCAAGGAGAAGGCGCGCAGGUAUCGCGAGCAGUACUGGUCGCUCGCGGAGGAGGGUCAUCAGAUGGUCAAGGACGACAUAGCCAACGGCCUCGCUCGCCCAUCGCUGACUUACAAGGCGCUUGUCGAGGGCAAGCCUGGUGACGUCCCAGACGACGUGAUUGCGUUCACCGCGACUCAGGUGUAUACCGGCGGAGCCGAUACGACAGUCUCCACCUUGUCCUCGUUCAUCCUCUUCAUGGUCAAACACCCGGAGGCCCAGAGGAAGGCCCAGGAGGAAGUCGACCGUGUCAUUGGCUCGGAUCGCCUGGCUUCCUUCGCCGACCGCGAGAGCCUCCCGUACGUCGACGCUGUCAUCGCAGAAGUACUGCGUCUCCGGCCACCGGUCAGCGUCGUCACCCGCGAGGCCGGUCAGGACGACAUCCACAACGGCUACCUCGUGGAGAAAGGAACGAUCAUACUCGUGAACUUCUGGGGCAUGCUGCGGGCCGAGGAACACUACCCCGACCCUCACUCGUUCCAGCCGGAACGCUGGCUCGGGAAGGACCACAGCGACCCGACGCACCCCUUCAACGUCGCGUUCGGCUUCGGAAGACGCUCAUGCCCCGGACAACACCUGGCCGAGGAACUCGUCUUCACAACCGUCGCCCGUAUCCUCGCGCUGUUCGAUAUCGCGCCAAUCAAGGACGAGCACGGCAUCCCUGUCAUCCCAUCGGACGACAGCACGAACGGCGGCAUCACAUUUCCCGUUCCGUUCCGCUGCUCGAUCCAGCCCCGCUCGGCUCGCGCCAGGGAGGUGCUGGAGGGGCUUGAGCACGAGUCGUGAGGGAGCCUUGAGUGCUGGCCUGAUCUUCGGGAAUUUGCUGUCAUCAUGUAACUUAUCUUGCAUACGCUGUCGCUCGUGCGAAAUAGGAAUACCGC